AGUUCCUCGCUCUUGUUGCCUAAUGCGCGAAGAGCCGGCUGGCCUCGGAAACCGAAGAUGUCUGUUACGCUGCAGCGCAUCGAGCGGCUGUCCAAUCGGGUAGUACGCGUGUUGGGCUGUAACCCGGGUCCUAUGACCCUGCAAGGCACCAACACCUACCUGGUGGGGACCGGCUCCAGGAGAAUCCUCAUUGACACUGGAGAACCCUCAAUUCCAGAAUACAUCAGCAGUCUAAAGCAAGCUUUGGCUGAAUUUAAUACAGCAAUCCAGGAAAUCAUAGUGACUCAUUGGCAUGUUGAUCAUUCUGGAGGCAUAAAAGAUAUUUGUAAAAGCAUCAGUAAUGACACUACCUAUUGUAUUAAAAAACUCCCACGGAAUCCUCACAAAGAAGAAAUUAUAGGAAAUGGAGAGCAACAGUAUGUUUAUCUGAAAGAUGGAGAUGUGAUUAAGACUGAGGGAGCCACUCUAAGAAUUAUAUACACACCUGGCCACACUGAUGAUCAUAUGGCUCUACUCUUAGAAGAGGAAAAUGCCCUCUUUUCUGGAGAUUGCAUCCUUGGGGAAGGAACAACUAUAUUUGAAGACCUCUAUGAUUAUAUGAAGUCCCUAAAAGAGUUACUAAAAAUCAAAGCUGAUAUUAUAUAUCCAGGACAUGGCCCAGUAAUCCCCAAUGCUGAAGCUACAAUUCUACAAUAUAUUUCUCACAGAAAUACUCGAGAAGAACAAGUACUUACGUUAGUUCGUGAUAAUUUUGAAAAAUCAUUUACGGUAACUGAUCUUGUCAAAAUUAUUUACAAGAAUACUCCGGAGCAUUUACAUCCAAUGGCAGAACGUAACAUCUUGCUUCAUUUGAAAAAACUAGAAAAAGAAGGGAAAAUAUUUAGCAACACGGAUCCUAACAAGAAAUGGAGAGCUGUACUUUAGUUUCAAAUUAAUGAAAGCUCUGUUUUGUGUUGCUUUUAGAGGAUGGUAUGUUUUCUUAGAUAUGUAUUGUAUAGAGAAACUAUAGUAUGUGGAACUUCAAAAAUACACUUCAAAGCAAUAUUUUUGUUCUAAAAUAUGUAAAUUACAUACUAUACUUGCAGAUUAUUUAACCUUGAUCUUUUAACAUUUUCCCAAAAAAAUCAAAAUCCAACAAUUUGUCAAUUUUCUAUGGAUUAAAUAAAAUGGCUACUUUCAGAAUAAUAAAAUUUAGCCAAGAGUGGUGGUACACACCUGUAAUCCCAGAGACGAAGAGGCUGAGGCAGGAGGA